UUGGGUCGUGGAUGUUACAACUAGUCCCUAGCGGCGCAGAUUUCAAAGAGAAAAUAAUAGCCCACCAAUCUUCUUGAAGCGUUUUUAUUUUAUUUUUUACACCAUACGGGGAUAAUACUAGAAAACACUCUGAAUUUGGAGCUAUUUACGCAUUGUAAAUGCCACUAAAAUCGAUCUACCGGUAGGUAGUACGUGAACUCGCGCCGCUUAGUUAAGACGCUUGUCAACCGAACAAAAAAACUCACUUUCUUCGCAGGAUAACAAGUAUUUGGAAGAGUUGUUGUUCAUAAUGAUUACAAAUAAAAUACUUUAUCGAUGAUCGACCCCCUCCCCCCCAUCCAUAAAUAAAUCCAUGACACCUUGGAAAAUGGACAAAUUCGUGGUGCGUCUACCAAACGGGAAAGUACCCAAGGAAACGAAGGGUAAAGAAAAGGUGUAUCGACAAGCAACUAUUGAGUCUCUACGCAGAGUGGUGGUGAUUGAAGACAUUGAAAGGUACAAGUCCAUGCUGGAACUGCCUGGCCAGACCAAGGAGAAUCUGCUACUAGCCCUGGCAGAGCUCAACAAGAAGACACCGUCCAAGGAGGUGCUCAAGUCAACCAGAAUAGGCCACACUGUUAACAAGAUGCGUAAGCAUCACCCCGACCCUGAGGUGAGUUCCCUAGCGGCUGAAGUGUACACUGUAUGGAGGCGCUUCAUUGAAGAGCACUCCAACAAGCCCUCCAUAGAAGUACGCUGUGACAAGCAGACUGAGGGACUGAGGAACAACGCCAGGAGAAUGUUGUCUGAAGCUCUGGAAGUGGAGACAGACAGUGGUCUGGUGGAGAACAUAGAGAGAGAGGUAUUCCACCAGAGUUCUCGGCUGGUCAGCGGCUCCUACAGACGAACUGUCAGGAAGCUGGUCUUCGCCCUCAAACACCAGCCAGAGGUCAGGGGUCAAGUCAAGGAGAGUAAGAUCCCAGUAAACCAGCUGGUGUCCACCCACAAGAAGUAAAUGCACUCUGUUCAGAACCUGUUCAGAACCAAAAUAUAUAUAUACACACACACACACACACACACACACACACACACACACACACACACACACACACACACACACACACACACACACACACACACACACACACACACACACACACACACACACACACACACACACACACACACACACACACACACACUGUACCGGUCGAAUGUUUGGACAGACCUACACAUUUCAGGGUUUUUAUUUAUAUUGUAGAAUAAUAGUGAAGACAUAAAAACUAUGAAAUAACACAUGGAAUCAUGUAACAAAAAAAGUGUAAAACAAAUCAAAAUUAUUUCUUUUGAUUCUUCAAAGUAGCCAACCUUU